AUGGGUAACAUCCUCGAGGAGAUCGCGGCGCAGCGCCGCCUUGACGUGGCGGCCGCCAAGCAGGUCGUGUCAACUGACGAUCUAGCCAAGAAGAUCGAGCACACGGAGAGCGUCUACGGCCCUGCCCUGCCCGUGCUCGAGCGUCUUAACGCGCCCGCGAAGGAAGGCUGGUCCGAUGUGGCUCUGGCUGCCGAGUUUAAGCGUGCGAGCCCCAGCAAGGGCGACAUUGCCACGGAGCUCAACCUGCGCGAGCAGGUUCAGGCCUACGCUAACGCAGGCGCCUGUAUGAUCUCCGUGCUGACGGAGCCUAAGUGGUUCAAGGGCUCACUAGACGACAUGAUGGAAGCUCGCGAGGUGGUUGAAGGUAUGAGUCAGCGUCCCGCCAUCCUGCGCAAGGACUUCAUCAUCGACGUGUAUCAAUUAUUGGAGGCCCGUGCCUAUGGGGCUGACUGCGUGCUGCUCAUCGUGGCGUUGCUGUCCCAGGAACAACUUAUCGAGCUCAUUGACGCAACUCACAAUCUCGGUAUGUGCGCUCUGGUCGAGGUGAACAGCGUCCAGGAGCUGGACAUCGCUCUGGCUGCCAAGGCCCGACUGAUCGGCGUCAACAACCGCGAUCUCCGCACGUUCAAGGUGGACAUGAACACGACGGCUCGUGUAGCGGACGCGAUUCGAGAGCGUGGGCUCUCGCUGGGCCGUGAUGGUGUCGCCCUCUUUGCUCUCAGUGGCAUUCGCUCGCACACAGACGUGGUCAAAUACGAGAAAUGCGGCGCCCGUGGCAUUUUGGUCGGCGAGUACUUGAUGAAGAGCGGCGAUAUCGCCACGACAGUGAAGGAUCUACUGCAAAAUGUGACGCGUCAUAGCGAGUCAGGCGAGUUUGCCCUGCUUCCUCCGCUGGCUAAAGUGUGUGGCAUCACGACAGUGGAGUACGCGCUGGCUGCCUUGCGUAAUGGCGCCAAUAUGAUCGGCAUUAUCAUGGCAGAACACUCGCCUCGAUACGUCGAGAAGGAGGAAGCCAAGGCUAUUGCCAAGGCUGUGCGUGAGUACGGAGAGCGCACGGGUCCUAUCCUCUCGGACAUUCUGGAGUCUCACCUGGACGACAAGAGCGACUGGUUCCAUAGAAAUGUCCUGGCGUUGCGUGAAGCUUGUUCUCGUGCGCCCCUCGUGGUCGGAGUGUUUGUCAACAAGACGGCGACCGAGAUGAACGCGGCUGCAGAGGAGAUCGGACUGGACUUGGUACAGCUUCAUGGCGACGAGGGCUUCGAGAUCUGCAAGGACAUUAAAUACCCCACGAUCCGCGCGUUGCAUCUGCCAGACACUGCGCAGUGCGACGGCGUGGAUGCGGAGGCUGUGCUACAGCAGGUGAGUGAAGGUCUUGCCAACUACAUUCUGCUUGAUACGACCGUCAAGGGCCAACAGGGCGGUACUGGCGUCGCGUUCGACUGGAAGAUCGCAGCCAUUUUCACACAGGCGCGACUUCCCUGCCUCAUGGCUGGCGGUCUCACUCCUGAGAAUGUUGUAAAGGCGCUUUCGGUCGGUCACCCCGUUGGUGUGGAUGUCAGUAGUGGAGUGGAAGUGAAGGGCUCUCCUGGCGUCAAGGACCUGGACAAGGUGGCUGCGUUCUUGAAGGCCGUGAAAGACCAUCUCUCGGUCGCUACGCUUAAGAUCGACGAGGAGACGGAGAAUUAG